AUCCCUAUGUGCAAGAGGAUAGUGUAUAGCUAUCUAUCUUUAAUUCUUCAGUACCAAGGCAAAAUUUAAGAAAAUUUUUUCUUUACGCAGUCUCACAUAAUGGCAUCUCAGUGGAUCCGUCAUUUUAUACUUCCUAAAGUUGCAAGAGUAAAUUUCUACAGUACUCAAGUUCAAAAAUGUACUCUUAUACCUGGCGACGGUAUUGGACCAGAAAUUUCUGCAGCUGUGCAGAAAAUCUUUGAAGCAGCAGAGGUAACACGUUGUUAUGUAAUAAGUAAUUAGUAAUAUCAUUUCUUC